ACUUUCAGUUGGAUUCUGAGCGAGGCAGCAGCAGCUACAGCAGCUAAAAGGAGCCUAAGAAAAAAGGAACGCCAAGCCACAACCUGGAGCCUGGGACAACAGCAGCAAAAGCAGCAGCAGCAGCAAUAUGAGUGGAAAGUGCUAGGAAAACUAGCUCAACGUAGUGUGGUAGUGUGUGUGAGUGUGAGCGAGUGCGUGUGCCUGUGUGUGUGUGUGUAUAUGCAAGUGUUAAUGUAGUGGAGUGGCAAGUGUGUAUGUGUGUGUGUCUGUGAUUUUGCUGCUGAAGAAAAGUGCCAAGUGCCAAAAAAAAGUGUGUGUGAUGCGUUUGCGGUAGCCCUGGCCUGGUAUCUCAACAUCAUCAUGUAUCUGCCACUGGAAGACGUCAAAGCUGAAGACUGAGCUCAAACGCCACUCACACACACACAUCAAAGAGGAAGCAAAAGUAGUGCAGAGCUAGUAGGAGCUAGUAGGAGCCGCUGGCUCCUCCACACACAGCCGUCGCCGUGGCGUCGUUUUGUGAGCGCGGCUUGAUGCCCGAUUCGAUGAUGGACAUGGAGCAUCGGGAUCAUCAGCUGCAUCGGCAUCACCAUCAGCAGCCGCAGCGUGUGGUGGCCACGACGAGCACCAGCACAUUUGCAACACCAGCGCCAGCGCCAUCAGCCAGUGUGUCAAAUGAGCAGCAGCUGCUGAGCCGAGAUAGGGACCAUCACCUGCCAUUAUCAGCGGGCACAACGCCACAGUCGCAGUCACAGACGAUGCAGCAGCAGCAGCAGACGAUGUUGCAGCCACAGCAGCAGCAGCAACAGCAACAGCAGCCUCCACCUCCGCAACUCAGAGAACGUGAACAUCACCAACAGCAACAGCAUCAACAGCAGCAGCAGCAGCAACAGCAGCAGCAACAGCUUCAACAACAGCAGCAGCAGCAGCAGCAGUUGCCGCUGCCACACAGUCAUCAUGCAUUGAUGCAGCAAUCGCAGCAGCAGCAGGCAAUACACAGAGCCGAGCAGCGGCGAGAUACACAAGCAAAACAUUCACAUGGAUUUCUCUAUUCGGACGAGGAAAUCAGCGACAAGGCAUCAACAUGCGGCAAAUUGCUAAUAUUUCUAUCCGUUGCACUUGUGAUAAUGACGCUACCGUUCAGUCUAUUCGUCUGCUUCAAGGUGGUGCAGGAGUAUGAACGAGCGGUUAUCUUUCGCUUGGGCCGACUCAUGCAGGGCGGUGCCAAGGGUCCAGGCAUCUUCUUCAUACUGCCGUGCAUUGACUCUUAUGCUCGGGUGGAUUUGCGUACGCGCACCUACGAUGUGCCACCGCAGGAGGUUCUGACAAAGGAUAGCGUUACGGUUUCGGUGGAUGCAGUGGUUUACUAUCGCGUAUCAAAUGCGACCGUCUCUAUAGCGAACGUGGAGAAUGCUCACCAUUCGACCAGACUACUGGCACAGACUACUCUACGAAACACAAUGGGAACUCGGCAUUUGCAUGAGAUACUCAGCGAGCGUAUGACGAUUUCCGGCACAAUGCAGGUUCAGCUAGACGAAGCCACCGAUGCCUGGGGCAUCAAAGUUGAACGUGUUGAAAUCAAGGACGUGCGUCUGCCAGUGCAACUGCAACGUGCGAUGGCCGCCGAGGCAGAGGCUGCUCGUGAGGCACGCGCCAAAGUCAUUGCCGCCGAAGGUGAACAGAAGGCAUCCCGAGCACUACGCGAGGCAUCCGAGGUGAUUGGCGACUCGCCGGCAGCACUGCAGCUGCGCUAUCUGCAGACACUGAAUACCAUAUCGGCGGAGAAGAACUCGACGAUUGUGUUCCCGCUGCCAAUCGACUUGAUAACAUAUUUCCUGAAAACAACGGAAGCAACCACGCAACAGAAUGCGGCUGCAGCGGUUGCUGCACAGCAGCAGCAGCAGCAGCAACAGCAAUUGCAAUACCAGCAGCCUCAGCAACAGUUGCAGCAACAACAACAAUUCCAACCGCAGCAACAACAGCAGCAGCAAUUGCAGCCAGCACCGCAACAAUUGCAACAACAACAACAGCAACAACCACCGCCACAGCAGCAGCAGCAACAACAACAGCAAUAUCAGCAAGCUCAGCAGGCGCAGCAGAUUUCAUCGGCCAUGUAAAUGGGCAGAGGGAAACACUCAGAUUCGGCAUGGCCGAAUAUUUAAUACGCUGCACACACACACCCACAAAAUAAAAAACAAACCACCACGAAGCAGACCACAACGAAUUGGGGUUGACCCAAGUGUAAUUAUGCAUGCUCCACUGCCAUGUUAAUUAACAUAGCCUUAACAGUACGCAUGCAAAUUACAUUUGGGGCUAACUCUCGACAAAAAGUGCAGCGUAUUUGCGAAACAACAUACAACGAUUCCAAACAGAAUCAAAAAACAAAAAAAAACCAAAAACUUAGUUCUAGACACCAAAAAGUGCGAUUCGUGUGCAUUGGUUCCCGCCGUGGAACCAGUAAAGAACCAGUAUAGAACUAUAAUAGUUCACCCCAAAAAAACAAAAAACUCGAAAUCGAUCGAUUUGAACAUUUGCCCAACACACUCCGUGAAAAUUCUAAAACCAACCAGUUUUGAGAAUCUUAAAAUUGAUUAUAGUAUUAGAACGGGAAUAUUAUAAUACAUCUUGAGAUACUGAAAAAUGGUUGGUUUGGUUUUGAAUUUUCGAAAACGCAGUUGUCACGGCAAACUGUCUCUAUCGCUAGAUUUCGAAACAUAAUUAGAUGGAUGCUUGAGAAGAAGAGUCAACUAAUUGUCAAAUUGCGUUUUGUAAAUGUUUAGCUUUAAGCUGUUAAUAUGUGUACCCCCCCAAACAAAAAAUAUCAUACGAUAUAUGUGUAAGGAAAUGCAUUAGGUAAAUUACUUAUAUAGUAUAUAUACACCAAAAAAAACAACAACUCUUAUAGUGCAUUUACAAAUUAUUCUACAGAAUGUGAUAGAACAAUUUGUUAUUAUCGUCAAUAAUAAUAACUCGGACUGUUCUUAUUCAUACUGAUCGACAUGAAUAGGUACUUAUGGACGGACCCUACACACAAAACAAAUACACUCAAACAGUCAUUCACACCAAAACACACACAAAAAAUAAUAAAAAAAAAUCUUGUACUCUGAAGCGAAUCGUGGAAUCUAUAAUAAUAAUAAUAAUCACAAUUUAAACAACAAAUAAAUACAAUAGAAUUAGCCCAACUAUUUAUACAAAUAGUUCAGCUCUCUUGAUCGAAUAUGAUAUCAACGGGGAAUAUAUGGUAUAUAUAACGAUAUAUCGCUCCAACAACCGAAUUGGAACUAUAUACAAUACAGGAACGUAAACUACGUUCACUCACUUACAUAUACAAUAAAUAAAUGUAAUACGAAUUUAUUGUACAUACAAUAACCGAACCGAAACCGAACCGAUAGUAAAAAAAAAAACAAAAACAGUAACUUGACAGAACUGUUUUACCGAUUAUGUAUUAGAGACUAUGGAACAUCAAUAUGGAACAUUUAAAUGUAUAUGACAGUAUGCAAUAUCGUAGAAUCAUGUAAUUAAAUAUUUAAUAUGCUAUAUUGCAUAUCGAAUAUUGAACAUUUCGAAACUUAAAUAUGGUCUAUGAAUGUAUGCAAUAUUAAAGAAUAGCAUAUGUGUAUACUGAAUAUUGUAUGCUGAAGAAUAUUGUAUAUGGUAUAUUGCAUAUUAUAUACUGUGAGAGAAUAUACUGCGAGCGGUAUAUAUGUAGAUGCACGUAUCUUUAUCAUGCGUUAGUUUCAUUGAUGCGAACAUCCUCUAGCUUGUAGGGUUUAUCGACAAAACGAAUUCAGAUAGCAAUUGCCUAGUUCUUACAUUUGCAGUGUAGUAGUUCAUUAAAAUAAAUUCUCAAGUCAGAUCUUUAACGUUCAUUAGCGUCACACCAAAAGCAUUUACUUUUUAGCGCACUUCAUUCAAAAUUAGCCAAUUAAUUCAAAGAACAAAAAAACAAAAACAAUAAUAAA